AUGGAGUUGCACAAGGAACAUGGAAGGCACCAGACAAAUGACAUCUACUUGGCUUGCAAAGCAGUUUCUGGAGAUUUUCAAGGCAAGGCCUCACUGGCCAGCCAAGAGCUAAUUGAGACAGUGAGACAAGCAUAUAGAGUUGCUAUUAAGAGUGUCUUGGCCUAUAAGGUGAAGUACAAGGCCCAUAAACUGCUUCAUGGUUCUAUGGAAGAACAUUAUGCCAAACUAGGUAGAUACCUUCAAGCCUUGAGAGACAGUGAUACCGAGAUUUUUAUAAGGUUGUUGAAUGAUGAAAGACCAAGGAGGAGUGCAACUCCAGUGUUUCAAAGACUCUUCAUCUGUUUUGAUGUUGUUGGCAGGGAUGCCAAUGACAAAAUGUAUCCAGUUGCCUGGGCCAUAGUUGAAGGUGAGAACAACUCCUCAUGGUCAUGGUUUCUCAGUGAGGUUCAAACAGCUUUGAACCUAGGACAAGGUGAAGGUCUUACAAUUGUUUCAGAUGAACACUUGGCAAUUAUAAGCUCAGUUGCAUCUAUUUUUCCCCAAUGUGAGCAUAGGCAUUGUGCUAGGCAUAUCUUUGCCCAUUGGCACAAAGAUUUUAAGGGUGAUGAAAUGAAAUUGUUGUUCUGGAGAGCAGCUAAGGCUUAUAGUAUUGCAGACUACACUGAUGCCCUAGAUGAAAUGGAUACCAUUAACCCUGAUGCAACAAAAGCUUUCAAAGCCCACAACCCCUCUGUUUUUUCUGCUAGGACAAAACAUAUCAUUUACAUGUUGGAGGACAUAAGGGUAGCUCUUAUGCAGAGAUUAGUGGUGAAAAGGCAAGAAAUAGAAGCAUCUAAGGCUCAGAUCUGUCUUAGGAUACAAGCUAGGUUAAAUGAGGAAAAGGCAGAGGCUGCCAACUGCAUAGCAAUUCCAUCCACAAACACAACUUUCCAAGUUAAUCAUAAGAUGGACCGUUUGAAUGUGGACUUGGCUGCACAGUCAUGCACAUGUAGGAAAUGGGAUUUAUAUGGAAUCCCCUGCUGUCAUGCAGUGGCUUGCAUUUUCUUUUGUAGAAAGAAUGCUGAGGACUUUGUGUCAGAAUACUACACAAGGGCCACAUACCUACAGUCUUAUGCAAGAUCCAUACCCCAGUAG